AUGUUGCCUCUGAACUUCUCCACUGGUUGUCCAUCUUGCUUAGAGGAAACUGAUCAAUAUGCUGCAAUGAGAUAUCAACUUCCUGUCAAAAGGGCUGGUACUAGGACACCAUCUCAGGCGCAAGAACAUCUUUUAGCAGAAAGAAAACGACGAGAUAAGAUAUCUCAGAGAUUCGUAUGUUUGUCAGCUCUAGUUCCUGGCCUAAAAAAGUUGGACAAGUCUUCUGUCAUUGAAGAUACUAUCAAACACUUGAAAGAACUCCAGGAGCGCUUGAAGGCGUUUGAAGAAGGUAGAAAUAGGAAGCAUGAUCAGGAAUUAGUUGUUUAUAAGAAAAAACAAUGUAUUCAUUUUCACCAAGAAGCUUCAUUAUCUAGCUUUGAUCAGUCAUUGACAAAUCUUGAAGUAAGAAUCUUAAAAGGGAAUGUUCUAGUUAAAGCCUGCUGCAGAAGACGCUCUGGAUUCACGGAUGCUUUUCUCCAUGAGAUGGAAAAGCUUGAUUUAGUUAUCGAAACCAGUAGCUUUAUGCCAUUUGCUGAUAACUUGCUCGCUAUAUCUGCCGCUGCUAAGAUGAAUGAUGGAUUCUCCAUGACAGAAGAGAAUCUUGCAAACAACAUACGCCUGGCUAUUGUAAAGCUCAUCCAUUCAAAGUGA